GCAGAGUGUUGUGUUUGUGUGCGGUGUCCUGCUUGGUAGCAGGCUGGAGUUUGCUGGCAGGAGAUGUCCCACAUUCUGCCCGCUCAGUACCCCCAGCACUGUUAGUGAAAAGCUGCCACUGGCAGGGCAAUGGGUAACCCACGACUUUCAGUGCUGACUUCUGUGAGGCUUCGAAGUGAGACUCAUGUGAUUCUUCUAGACAAUCUGCUUCAUCUUGAUUCUGCGGCAUUCCAAACUGUGGUAUCCUUGGGGGUUCUCUUAACAUUGCUAUGGUGCAGAAGAUUUAAAAUCAGCCCCAAACUGUGCAAGCAGAGGCGACUCAACGGCUACGCCUUCUGUAUCAGACACGUUCUGGAGGACAAGACUGCCCCCUUCAAGCAAUGUGAAUAUGUGGCCAAGUAUAACAGCCAACGCUGCACCAACCCCAUCCCCAAAUCAGAGGAUCGUAGGUACUGCAACAGCCACCUGCAGGUACUUGGCUUUAUCCCGAAAAAAGAGAGGAAGAAAAAGAAUGAUCCUAUAGAUGAGGUGAAGGUCAGGCACCAGAUGGAUACCAUGGCCUUUAGCCUGACAGUGCCCACACUGGCCUUGAAGAUGCCCAACGGACUGGAUGGAAUGUCCCUCUCUCCACCUGGGGCAAGGGUCCCUCUCCACUACCUGGAAACUGAGUUGGAAGACCCAUUUGCUUUCAACGAGGAAGAUGAUGACCUAAAGAAAGGGGCAACUGUGAGAAAGAAGUUGCAGAGCAAGUUGGCCCAGAAUCGGCAGCGCCAGAGAGAGACAGAGAUUUUAAAAGUUCGACAAGAGCACUUUAGUCCCCCUCCUGCACCUUCACAGCAGCAGCCUCCGCAGCAGCACUCCCACCUGUCACCUUUAUCCACUUCUUUAAAACCUCCAGCGCCACCGCAGGGUUCAGUCUGCAAGUCACCUCAACCUCAGAACACCAGCCUACCAAUGCAGGGAGUGGCACCCACCACACACACUAUAGCACAAGCAAGGCAGUUGUCUCACAAGAGGCCUCUGCCCCUCCUGCCAUCCAGUAGGGCUCCCACCGUGGACCCACCCAGGACUGACCGGAUCCUCAUGAAAGCCACAGCCUUCUCUCCACACUUCUCAUGUAUAAGCCGACUGCAGAGACUGGUGAAACUGUGCACCCAGAAACAUCAGUUGGACACUGAUCUGUUUCCCCAUUUAGGUUUGGACUGGUCUGAAGAGAGCGGAGAGGAACCAGAGGACUCAGAGCAGGCCUCGCCCUACCAGGUUGCAUGGUCCAUCCGGGAAACCCUCAGAUAUCAAAGACAUGCGUCAGAUGAUGAUGAUGCGGAGAGUAGGAGCUCCAGGGUGACCCAACUUUGCACUUACUUUCAGCAGAAAUAUAAGCACCUGUGCCGCCUGGAGCGGGCAGAAUCUCGUCAAAAGAAAUGCCGGCAUACAUUUAGGAAAGCUUUGCUGCAGGCGGCCAGUAAAGAACCAGAAUGCACUGGUCAGUUAAUACAAGAACUGCGGAGAGCUGCAUGCAGUCGAACCAGCAUAAGCCGGACCAAGUUGAGGGAAGUGGAACCAGCAGCAUGCAGUGGAACCGUGAAGGGUGAACAGUGCACUAACAAAGCCCUUCCAUUCACCAGACAUUGUUUCCAACAUAUCCUCUUGAACCACUCUCAGCAGCUCUUCUCAAGUUGCACAGCCAAGUUUGCAGAUGGACAGCAGUGCUCUGUGCCAGUUUUUGACAUUACACAUCAGACACCUCUGUGUGAAGAACAUGCCAAAAAAAUGGAUAAUUUCUUGAGAGGAGAUAACUCCCGUAAAGUUCAGCACCAGCAGCAGAGGAAACCCAGGAAAAAAACCAAGCCUCCUGCACUAACCAAAAAACACAAGAAGAAGAGAAGGCGUGGACCUCGUCGACCCCAAAAACCCAUUCCCCCUGCAGUCCCCCAAGGGAACCUCAGCAUGCCCGCCAGCGUCUCACUGCCAGUGGAGGCCUCUCAGAUCCGGAGCCCAUCCACGCCAGAGCUGAGUGCUGAUGAGUUGCCGGACGACAUUGCCAAUGAGAUCACUGACAUUCCACAUGACUUGGAAUUGAACCAGGAGGACUUUUCAGACGUCCUGCCACGGCUACCUGAUGACUUACAAGAUUUUGAUUUUUUUGAAGGGAAGAAUGGAGAUCUCCUCCCAACUACCGAAGAGGCUGAGGAGCUUGAACGGGCCUUGCAGGCUGUAACUUCUCUCGAGUGCCUGAGUACCAUUGGGGUCCUUGCCCAGUCAGAUGGUGUGCCAGUCCAGGAGUUGUCAGAUAGAGGAAUAGGGGUGUUCUCCACAGGUACUGGAGCUUCAGGAAUACAAUCCUUGAGCCGAGAGGUGAACACAGACCUAGGGGAGCUAUUGAAUGGGCGUAUAGUACAUGAUAAUUUUUCUAGUCUAGAGCUGGACGAGAACCUGCUCCGUUCUGCUACCUUGUCAAACCCACCUACACCCCUGGCAGGGCAGAUCCAGGGGCAGUUCUCUGCCCCAGCCAACGUUGGCCUUACUUCUGCCACUCUGAUCAGCCAGAGUGCACUUGGGGAGAGAGCCUUCCCAGGACAGUUUCAUGGACUUCAUGACGGCAGCCAUGCCUCCCAGAGGCCACAUCCUGCCCAGCUGCUGAGCAAGGCAGAUGACCUAAUCACCUCACGACAGCAAUACAGCAGUGAUCACUCCCACUCCUCGCCCCAUGGAAGCCAUUAUGAUAGUGAGCAUGUGCCGUCUCCCUACAGUGACCAUAUCACCUCUCCCCACACAACAUCGUACUCUGGUGAUAAUAUGGCAGCUACCUUUUCAGCAGAGAUGCCCAUCAUGGCGCAGCACUUGCUCCCAACUCAACUUGAGGUGCCACUUGGAGGCGUGGUAAACCCCAGAACUCACUGGGGCAAUCUCCCCGUCAACCUUGGAGACCCCUCUCCAUUUAGCAACCUUCUCGGCGCAGAUGGACAUCUUCUUUCCACUUCCCUAUCCACACCACCCACCACUUCGAACUCAGAGACCACACAGCCUGCCUUCGCCACCGUGACCCCCAGCAGCUCCAGUGUGCUUCCGGGGUUACCACAGACCAGCUUCAGUGGCAUGGGGCCUUCUGCUGAACUAAUGGCCUCCACCUCUCCCAAGCAGCAACUCCCUCAGUUCAGCGCAGCCUUCGGCCACCAGCUGAGUUCUCACAGUGGCAUUCCUAAGGACCUGCAGCCCAGCCACAGCUCUAUAGCCCCUCCUACAGGCUUCACAGUAACAGGUGCCACAGCUACAAGUACCAAUAAUGCAUCUUCUCCCUUUCCCUCCCCUAACUGAGAGUGUCUGUGUGUUUGCAGGCAGGUGGGGAACCCAGUGUUUUCUAUCUUUGUUUCCUCUUUAGCACCCCUCUCCCCUUUUCCGAAAGAAGAUAUAACAGAUGGGGAUUAGAGGGGCACCCCCCUUCCCAGUUCGAUGAGUGGCCCUGCAGUGGACCUCGCUACAGUGUUCACAUGUGCUCCUUAGCACUGGUGCUCAUUCCCUCCUGGCAGGCCCACUCCGCCCCAGUGGUUUCCUUAGUGGUUCAGCACAGUGACUGGAUAGGAUUGAUUUUUAGCAGCAAGUCCUAGAAGUGGAAGAUACCUCAGAUACCAGUGCCCUUUACUAUUUCCUAGUAUUCAGAUCAAUGCUUUCCAUUCUAUUGCCAGGUUUUUACAUAGGUGGUUCUAGAUAGAAUGAUCUUAUUAAAUGAGUUCCUGUAUAAGAGACAGCAAAUGGUGUGUGGCAGGUCAAGACUGACUUAGCACCAACUGCUAAACACCACAGUGAGGCCAGGAUUCCAUUCCUAAUUGUGAUCAUGUUUAACUAAAAGAAAAAAAUGUGUCUUUUGACUGCCUGUGAGUAUGCGUGUGCCCACGCCUGUGUUUUUGUGCAGUGCAGGAAGCGGCUGUCCCAUUAGUUUGCGUUGUUUGUUUGUUUGUUUUCCCCCUCUGUAAUGAAUAUAAGACUUUCUUUUCUCCUCUCCUACAUCUCACAAUCCUAAUAAAGUUGGUCCUUCUUUUCCUCAAGUUUCCUGAAUAGGGAGGGUGGUGGGCUGGUCGUGUGAAUAGCACAACCUUUUUCUGUUAAAAGUUAGCCCAAGAAGAAACAGAACAUAGAAAGCUUGGAUUCCCGUCAGUGAAGUAGGCAUGUCCUGAAAAGCUUGCCUGGGACGACUGCAGGCUCCUGGGGUUCUGGGGCCUGAUGGUCACUUUGUCUUUUCAGACAUAUGUUUGUUUCUAAAUCCUUCUCUCAUGGAAUACAUUUGCAAGAUGUAAUUAAAGAAAAUAUUUUGAUGUGAAAAAGCAGGAUAGGUCAGAUAGAUUUGAAAAGAUGGGAUCUGUGAACUCCUUGAUCCAUCUUUUGCUUUUGAAUUUUUCAUGUUUACAGUAGUGAUUCUUUGGUAAGAUUUGUAAAAUGUUGCAGACACUUGUAGAAUCAGUGUACCAGUUGUGAAGUGAUGUGUGAUAUCUGAAGGAUACACAUUUUAAAGUUUCUUUCAAAGCAGAAUAUGGAAAUUAGACAUAAAUUUUAUUUGCCCUUUGGUACUUUUAAAAUAAUUUAAGUACUUGGGUUUAAGUAAAUUUGAAAAUAGUUUUGGGAAAUGUUUUUAAAAUCCAGGAUUUUAGGGUUAAAAAUCAUAUUGGGUAGUUUAGGGAGUUCGUGACUAUGAAAUGAAUUUGUGAGGUUUCUUGCCUACCUUUUUUUUCCUCCCAGAGAAGGGUGGAACUAGAUUUUAAAGGCAUCUCUACUCUGCUUUUGCUGAGUAGUUUCACAGUCCCUUGAGAUACCAUUGGCUAUUUAUACCCGAGUCUAGUCUAAUUCACAUAUAUAUAUAUUUUAAAAGUUAAGUAGAGAGAACAUACCUAUUGAUGUGGUUCAAUAAUUCAUUUGUCAGGGAAUAUUUGAUCUUAAUUCCUUUCUAAUAGGUAAUGAUUGGAUGUAUUUUCCUACUUCCUGUAUGUAUUCUCUUUAUGCCAUGCUAGUUCUAACCAGUCCCUUCUUUUGAAAGCUUUUCUUUCUCUGCUUUUUAAAGGAAUGAUGGUGAUCAGUAGGCAUUAUGCAGAUACCACGUGCCUGAGGUUAUGGAGGGGAAAUGUCACAUGACUGUAUGAAAUCAUUAUAUGCCCUAUUUUGUAUUUAUUGAUGUUUCUUUUUGUGGGCCAAAAAUAUGUUUGUAAUAUAUUUAGUUUUUUUAAAAUCAUGGUAAUUGAUUGGAAGAUUUAUUUUUAAUAGCUUUGCCUUUUUUGCAGAGUGCAAAAUUUCUAAAUUAUAACUUAUGUCAUAAAGCAAAAUUAUAUUUGGUAUCACCAUAAAUUUCUAUUCUGAAUGGUGAGGACAGAUAAUUUGAAUAUUUCUCACCUGUGAAUCUAUAUUAGUAAGCUUUUUUAUUUUAAUGUACUGUAAUGAAGUGGUCACGAGUAGUUACCUCUGCUCAAAAAUGUCAUUUAGUUUGUUAAACUAUUUUCACAACUCAUCGUAAGCAUCACUAGGUAACUGUCCAUUCCCAGCAAUUCAGUUUAGUCUUCAUUGUGUAUUUAAAGGUUGUCGCAGAGCAGCACAUUGACUUCCUCAUCAGCCCUUUGACAGCGAAGGGAAAGUCCUGGGUAGUCGAUUUGAACUUUUUCUGUCUUUUUGUCCCUCAUGUUAGCUGCUUGAAAUUCUUCAGUUAUGAUACAAAGCUGAGUUUGCAGUAAGUUGCACAUUUUAUUGUUUGCAAUUUUCUGUUUUAUGUGCAUUUAAAAGCCCUUCUCUGCUUUCUAGUAAGGAGGCAUGAAAUUAUCAGGAAUGUUGCUAGUUACAGCUUCACACCAAAAACUUUGAGUAAAUACAUUUUCGUUUGGAUGCCCGUGAUGAAAGCUGAGGAAAGUGGUUGAGGAAUUACCAACAACAAACUUCUCCUCUAUUUUAUCUAGUUCAAAACAGAUAUCAAAGUUUGCAAUUUGCUUUGCUCUUGCUGUUUAUGAGUCCCUUUUUGGAAGAGAGGAGAACAUCUAGAAGCCCAGAGAGAUCUGUGUUUUUCUUUUAGUUAAUAGAGCCAUUCUUGUCUGUUAGUAGUAACUUUGCUAUUAAUAUGUAUAGAAAGGAAUGAAGUGUCUUUUACUCCAGAAAUAUGAAAAUUAGUAUCUUUUUUUUUUUUUUUUUUU